AUGGGUCUUGCUGCCUCCUCCGAGCGCCGCCCGGUCUUCUACUUCAUCGGGGACUCCAUCACGGAGCAGGCCAGCGACCCGAGCAAGUCUGGCUUCGUCACCCUCCUUCAGCAGCACUAUGUGCGGUCUGUCGACACGAUCAACCGCGGUCUCUCAGGCUACAACACUAAGUGGGUGCUGCAACAUGGCAUGCCGAUCUUCUCCAAGGAGCUCCAGUUCCAGUACUCAGCCUCGUUCGUCACGGUGUUCCUCGGAGCCAACGAUGCGAUCGUGGACGGCCCUGACAAAGUUGUCCAUGUGCCACUGGAAGACUACCGAGCCAAUCUCCAGAAGAUCCUGCACAUUGUUCGACCGGUGCUGGCUCCACACGGCCAGAUCCUGCUGAUCACCCCGCCGUGCAUCAUCGACUCGGAGCGUCACGGGGAUCGCACCAAUGCUGCGGCUGAAAAGUACGCUCGCGCGUGUGUUGAGCUCGGGGAGGCCGAGAAUGUGCAUGUGCUGGACUUGCACACUUACUUCAACACGACGUUCCCCGAUGUAAACGUUCGUCGGACGUACUUCGUGGACGGACUGCACUUCUCAGCUAAAGGCCACAAGGAGGUGGGGAAGUUGCUGGCCAUCGCUAUCAAUGGGAUGUUUGACAAAGAAGAUCUUGAUCGCUUCAACAAGUGGCAGCUUCCGGACUGGCACGAUUUCAUUCACUAA